AUGGACGGGGCAGAACUCAGCCUCAACUCACCUGAAGCGGAUGGCGAUGAGUUCCGCCCACGCGGGCGAGGGCGGGGACGCGGGAGAGGGCGGGGUAGAGGGAGAGGCCCGGGCCGCGGGCGGGGCAGAGGCCGGGGUGCGGGUGCGGGUGCGAGCGCGGGCGGCGCGCGCACGAGCUCGCGCAUCAGCCAGCGCGCCGCCGCCGUGCCCGCCAAGCUCAAGAUCAGCCUCAAGACGGGCGGCGAGAGCGGCAGCGGCUCGGGACGCCUCAACUCGUUCCUCGGCGAAUACGACCGCGAGCUCGACGAGAACCCCGACGAGCCGCUCGCCUUCGAGGAGCAGUUCAUCCUCCGCGUGCCGCAGAAGGUUGCGGACGGCGUCGGCGGCGAGCCGGGACUGCGCGACAUGGUCCGCGGCAAGGGCAAGGGGCUCGAGGGCGUCGAGUUCAAGUUCCUCGAUACGCGCCGCGCCGCGUUCAAGAUUAACGGGACGACGUAUGCGGCCAAGCUCGUCGACUUGCCCAAUAUUAUCGAGGCGCAGAAGACGCACGACAGCAGACACCUGUUCAAGGUCGCCGAUAUCUCGCAGAUGCUCGUCGUCGAGAAUCCUGUGCGCGAUGAAAGCAGCAUCACUGCGUCGGCAUUGAAUGUCGACGACUACAUUUGGCCGCACGGCAUCACGCCGCCCAUGCGCCAUGUCCGCAAGCGUCGCUUCCGGAAGCGUCUGUCGCGCCGCACGAUCGAGGUUGUCGAGGAGCAAGUGGAGGAGUUGCUGAAGAAAGACGAGGACGCGGAUGACAACCCUCAAAUCGACCUCAUUGACGUCCUCCCCGACCCAGACGUACCUGAUUCGUACUACGUUGAGUGGUCUGCUGAAGACCCCUAUGCUGGCUGGCGGCAGGGCGAGGCGUCCGAGUGGGGCGACGGCUACGAGGACCCCGGGUCUGUGGCUACCGGCGGGGACUGGUACGACGAGGAAGGCGAGGAAGGCGACUUUGAGGAGGGGGAAGAAGAGGACGACGAUAUGGACGAAGACCUCCAAGCUGCGCUCAUGGAGACGAUGGAGCGGAGCUCGGAGGAAGGAUCCGACGACGGCCUGUCGGACGAGGAGGACGAGGACGAUGGUGUCGCCGAAGACGACGACGACGAGACAUCGGAGCGCAAAGCCAAAAUCAAGCAGUACACGGGCGAGAUCAAGCAGCUCGAGACGCUCACCGAGAAGAAGAGAGCGGGCUUCACCGGCGGCAACCCGAUCAUUACCAAGCGCUUCGAGGAGACCAUCAAGGGUCUGCAGGACGACAUCAGCACCAAGGUCGCUGCGCGGCAGGUGCUGCUCGACGCGAUCGAGAAGGAGCAGUCGGACGCGCGCGCCGCCGCCGAGGCCGCGGUGCCGGCCGCGCCCGAGGAGCACGAGCCUGCAGACGAUGGCGGGCUCUUCGACGAGGGCGAGAUGGACUCGAACGCGACGCCGGCUGCCACACCGGGAUUGCUUGGCGCAACGCCCGCGGCCGAGGAGUACGACGACGACGACGACCUGUUCGGCGAGGCGGACGACGGCGAGAGCGACACGGGCACAGCAGCUGUCAAUACUCCCCUGCCACCUGUGGAUGACGUUGAAGUCGACCUCGAGAUGGCGCUGUUUGGGGAAGAGGCACCCGAAGACGCACAGGGCGGCGCGGGCGAUGGCGAUGAGGAGAUGCUUGAAGAGCCCGACGACGACAUGGCCGCCAUGCUCCAGGCCGAGCUUGGCGAUAACGACGCCGACCUGUUUGGCGAUAAGGCCGAUGACCUCUUCGGUGACGAGGGUGAGACGGCCGCAACAGAUGCGGCCGCUGCCGCCCUGGACGAGUUUGCCAGAGAGACAGAUGCCGCUCUUAAUGCCAGCAUGGCCGGAUUCGCGGGUGUCGAGGGAGGGGUUGGCAUGCGUCGUCUCGCCAGUGGCAUUGUGGAUGACGGUGACGACACCAGUGGGGAGGAUAGCGAUGACAGCGACUAGAUCGAGUGCGUACAUUAUGCAUGUUGUAACCAUAUUCAAGUCAUGUACAUGUCUGCGAGUCGUUCCGUUGGUACCAGCUUCGGCCAAUCUCUACCAAAGUCUAUAUACUCACUGUUCUGGGUCUACAGCGUUCAAAAACCUAGACAAUUCCCCGCUGGACUACCUAUCUCUCGCUAGGACUUGAUGCCAUGUUGUGCCCGGGAGCCGAUGCCAACCGCGCCAUUAGCCCCUCGAUCACAGGCGAGUGUGGCGACAUGCUGCGAGCCCGUGACCCAGAACGCUCACGUAUGGGCGACGCGCUGCCCUCGCUCGCCACACGGCCCCGUAUGCGUG